GGAGGCGGGCGGGCGAGCGGGCGAUCGCUGCGGGCAGGCGGUGGAGGGCCGUCUCAGCCCCGCCCGCCUCACCUGCCGCAGGUGUGCCGCUCGGCGGGGCCGCCCCAGCGCUGAGCAGAGCGGGGCGAGGCCGGGGCCGGCAGCAUGAAUAACCCUAUACCUUCCAACUUGAAGUCAGAAGCUAAAAAGGCAGCUAAAAUAUUACGAGAAUUUACAGAAAUAACUUCCAGAAAUGGACCUGAUAAAAUCAUACCUCCCCAUGUGAUAGCUAAAGCCAAAGGCCUUGCAGUUUUGUCUGUUAUCAAAGCUGGAUUUUUGGUGACUGCUCGAGGUGGAAGUGGAAUUGUAUUAGCUCGUCUUCCUAAUGGCACCUGGUCUGCUCCUUCUGCAAUAGGAAUUGCUGGCGUUGGUGGUGGUUUUGAAAUUGGAAUUGAGGUUUCAGACUUAGUAAUAAUAUUGAAUCAUGAGAGAGCAGUAGAAGCUUUUGCCAAAGGAGGGAAUCUUACACUUGGAGGUAAUCUGACUGUGGCAAUUGGACCUCUGGGAAGAAAUUUAGAAGGGGAUGUUGCACUGAGAAGCUCGGCUGCUGUGUAUACAUAUUGCAAAUCUCGAGGACUGUUUGCAGGUGUAUCUCUGGAAGGAACCUGUUUAAUUGAAAGGAAAGAAACCAAUCGCAAGUUCUAUGGGCAAGAUAUACGUGCCAGUGCCAUCCUGUUCGGUGAUGUUCCUUUUCCUGCUCAAGCAGAAGAUCUUUAUGAAACUCUAGCAUCCUUCACUGAAGUGUAUGAAAAUGAAGAGCAGAGAAAUAAUCCAGGAAAAGCUGUAAAUGACCCACCUGGUAGACCAUCAAGACCCGAACCACAUAAACCUUCUGUUAGGCCAACACCACCAGCUAAAAAGAACUCAAACAAGCUUUAUCCUGAACUUCCAAGUGAUUAUGCCUCUCUGAAUGCUAUAAUAAAAUAGACAUCGAGUCUUCUGAAUAAGAGUCAUUUCUUCGUCUACAAGUACUAGGAUGAAGCAGAGAAGCUGUGGCCUGCCUUCCCCCUUCGGAAAGUGUUUGUGUAACUGGUGGCACUAAUAAAUGCUUCUGUGGACAUCAGAGGUUUUCUGAUUUCAGUGUUUAAUUAAAAUACUUUGAGAAUCUUAAGUUUUUUUUAUCAAAGCAUAGAGAAAGGCAGCUGUUUUUGUUUACUUAAAGGAGGCCAUAGUUUGAGGUAAAACAACAGCUCAGACAAGAGAAUAUUUGUUUCUGAGAGUGAUUUGCUGAAUAUCAUGUUUCCUGACCUUUCGUCAGAUGAACAUUGCUGGAGAUUAAUUGGAUCAGUGGUGGCAUAUGACAUACUUCAAGCAUCUGUAUGGGAAAACUUAUGCUUAUAUCUGAUUAUAGCGGCUUAGUACCUGUAGAUAUAAAAUGUCAAUUCUACCGUGCAUAUUUAGGCCCUCUCGCAUCUGUUCAGUUGAGAUCUGAGGUUCUUGUUUUUGUGCAUGCUGAGGGUUUUUGAGGUGACUCUACAUUUAGGAAAAUUUUAAAAAAUAAAUGAAUAAAAAAUCCAGAACAAAAGAACUUUAAUGCAGAUAGGACACUUGAGAUUUCAUUUGUAAGAUUCCUGACUUCCAGCAUUUAGCUCCUAUCUAUGUCCUGAACAAACACUGGAUUAUAAUUUGUCAAGAAACAACUAAAUUAAUUUUUUCUUGUGUUUGUUUUGCUCUAGAGCCUCAGCUAAAACCUUUUCUUUUCAUGUUAAAGGCUUAGAGAGGUAGUCUAAAUGCAGAAAAUUGCAGUAAGUUGAAAAAGGAAUUAAUGCGUGUACUGGUAUGCUUCAAGAACUGAAAUAAUUGUUUUCUUGACUUGUAGCAUUUAAUAUACAGUUGAGCUACUGUUUUGCUUUGUGAAUGAGUGCUUUAAAGAGACUCUUUUGUAAGUGGACAUAUGGAAUGCUUUGUUGCCAGACAGAAUCUGAAAAGUUAAUUUCUUCAGAGAAUCGCAGUGUACAACAUACUGCAGUAUGUUUUUCACCGAGAGGACAGUGACACACUGGAGCAGGUUGCCCAGAGAGGUUGUGGAUGUCCCAUCCCUGGAGGCACUCGAGGCGAGGCUGGAUCAGGCUCUGAUAUGGUAGUUGGCGAUCCUGCGCAUAGCAGGGGGGUUGAAACUAGAUGAUCACAAGCCAUUCUAAGAUCCUGUGAUUCUAUGCUUCUGCUUUACUCUCUUUUGCUGCCCCUCCAUUUGAUAUUUCAUUUUGUCUUGAAGAAAGCCAUGACGUCUAGUUGUCAUGGCUCCAAAGUCAGGCCAAAAGUGCCCCAAAGGGCCUCUUUAGCUCUGUGCAGCAACUUGUUUCACUUCCUUUUAUCUCCCCUUUCAGUAUUUCUUACUUCGCUUCUGUCUUAUCUUUAAACAUAGAUGAAUUCUCACAUUCAACCUAUCACUCACAAUGCUUGGUAUUAAGUCCAGAGAAUUACCCUGUAGUGAGUUUUAACAUUAUAAAGUGCUUUCUUUCUUCUAAACAUGAUAUUCUAACUUAGCUAACGCAGGAAGCUGUCUUAGAUUUUGUGCUACCUAGCUGUGAACAUAAACCAAACAUCACCUAUAGAUCUAAGCCAAAGUUGACAUUAUUUAAACAGUAGUUAUUAUGAAUAGCAAAGCCUUGGAGUUCUAAUAUUAUCAAAGGAUGGACUAUUAACUUCACUAAACUUCUACAUCCAUAAAAUAUUAUGAAGCAUACACAUCCAGUCAACUAUACUUGAAAAUUUCUUAAUUCAAGAUGACACUUUUCCAAAAGUCAUGUGAAAUAAUAUACUGUAUCUGUCAUGUUUUUAUUAUUGCAUAUGAUCAUAAAGUAAAUAUUUUGAGGCAGUGGUGCUUCAGUAUUCUGUAACCGCACUAUAGCAAUAUUUUAUUUGUCUUUGUUUACAUUCUAGCAACCAAAUGAGCCAAUCCUUUUUCUUUAUUUCUCUUUUUUAAAAUAGGAAUUAUGAAAGAUCUUUUUAAGUAUGAGGUAAUAUUCAAACUGAUAGUCAUGUCAACUCUAAAGUAUCCAUUUUCUGUUUCCAUAAAAGAAUACUAUUUUCUGUUGCAGUUUUCAUAGUUUUGAUUGUUUUUAUAAACUCCGAGUGGAAAAAUCCACUGUAACAACAGGCUUUUGUCUGCACAGUGAUAAACAUACAAUUACAUACUUCUGUAGCUUUGCUUCUUUGCACCCUAGACUUUCUUCUUAGUUUUCAGAAAUAUUCUGUGCAUUUUUUAUUAUUGUCCUAGAAUGAACAAAUCAUUUCCACUGUUUUGUUUCUAGGGGGGACACAUGCAGAAUAUGCAUGAAUGCAUUUUAGGCAAUCAAACUACUUCUAAGACCGUCUUUUCUAGUGACAUCUAAGUUUGUAUUUAAUCAUUUCUUUCUUCUAAUACAUUAGAAUAUGAAUCUUUACAACUUGAAUUUAAAACUUGUACUCAUUGUUUUGCAUCUCUGACUUAACAGCAAUUCCAAAAUUCAGUACUGAUGUAGAGCAUGUGCUACAUAAAAUUAGAUGACUAGACAGCUUGCAGGAAACUGGCAUGUAGGAAUACUUAAUGGUUCCUUCAGAAUCCAACGCUAAGCCUUAUUUCAUUCUUACACAUGCUCUCCGAUCCCUUACAACGCUUCUUAGACUUUCCCUGGCACUUUUCACCAAAAUCACUACAGGGCAUAACUUUGUUCAUAAAGUUUUCAGGGGUGCUGUUUUACUUAAUACCAAGACUAAAGAUCUGCAAAAAGCUUAAUGUGAGCCAGCAGUGUUUGCUUGCAGCCUGAAAGGCCAGCCGUACCCUGGGCUUCAUCAAAAGACAGGUCGCCAGCUGGUCACCUUCUACUCUGGCUUGUGAGGCCCCGCUUUUAGUAUUGCAUCCAGGUCUAGGGCCCCCAGCACAAAAACUAUGUGGAGCUGUUGGAAUGGGUGCAGAGAAGAGCCACAAAGAUGAUCAGAGGAUUGAAAUAUCUCUCCUACAAAGAAAGGCUGAGGGAGCUGAGCUUGUUCAGCUUGAAGAAGACGAACUUCUGGGGACACAUCUUGGUAGGCUUCCAGUAGUUAAAGGGAGCUUAUGAGCAAGAAGGAGACCAACUUUUUACACACGUAGAUAUUGAGUGAUAGGACAAGGGGGAAUGCUUUUAAACUAAAAGAGGAGAGAUUUAGAUUAGAUGCUGGGAGGAAAUUCUUUACACAAGGGAUGAUGAGGCACUGGAACAGAUUUCCCAGAGAAGCUGUGGAUGCCCCCAUCCCUGGAUGUUCAAGGUCAGGUUGGAUGGGGCUCUGGUCAGCGUGCUCUGAUGGGUGGUAACUGUCCAAAGCACAGAGGGGCUGAAACUAGAAGAUAUUUAAGGUCCCUUCCAACGUUAGCCAUUCUGUUAUAAUCGUGUAUAACCAAAGGCUCAGAUUUUCCUUCUGGUCCUGAAAAAGUGCAUUAUUACUAUACCUAGUUUCAGAUUCAUAACUCUUUGGAGAAAAGAGGGAUGAAGAGAUAGCAUUUUAUCAUACAGUGGGCAUUCCUGUGUCUCUGUCCAUAUUGGUGGUCCAGCAUAAUUAGUUCUUUGGUUUCCUGAUUAAUACUGCUUUUAAUUAUUUUCUAAUUUAAUAUCAACAAGUUACUUUUAAACCUAUUUCCUUUCUCUCCUUGGAAUAACUUCACCAUUUAAUUACCAUGCUGGUAUUUCUUCUCAUGGUUGGAGAGCAGAUAAAAAAGCCCUCAUUGCAGAUAGUUUUUCCUUUCUAUUGUUAAUCUUGCAUCUUCCCAGCCUUAGGGUUGUUAUCUUCCUUUUUUUUUUUUUUUUUUUCUCUUUUAUAACCUUGGAACAGGUCUCAUUAUUGUGCAUAGACACUCCUCUUUUGAAACUUACUGUCAAUAUAGUGUAUGGAACUGAGGACUUUUUUGGAUUAAUGACCAUUGAACUAAUAAGUUAAUUUUUUGUGUUCAACAUUGUAUUAUGUUAUAUGGCUCUAAUUUCAGAGAUCUGGUAUGUGGAAUACACUACUGACAUUCAGAAUCUAUAGCUGUAUAUUGAAGUUUGUUUAAACUAUGUCAUGUCUUUUUUCUUAUGAUUUCUCUCAGUCUUCGUUGUUAGCUAUGUAAUACCAUUGUCAUUCUUUCAAAAACAUUUGGUCCCUUAGCUCUGUGUUGUGCUAUUUAUCUGUAUUAUUCUGUAGCCUUCACUCAACUCAGCCUUCCCAGUCUUUCUUUGUUGCUAAUGCUUCUCUCAUUCUCGUUUUAGCAGUUUGUGGCAUCCAGUUUCUCCAGUGCUCUCUGCUGUCCAUGCUUUUCCUCUUUUUGCUUUGCUGAUUUGUUCAUUCAUAACUUUAUCUCCUCAUCAGAAGAUCUGUUCUGACAGACUUCUGUGCUGAUUCAUCUCAGUUUUGUUUUUUUUUAACUUUCACAUGCAAAAAUAAAUCCAUGAUCUCCACAAAAUCUGCACUGUGUUCAUUCAGUUCUGCUCAUUCUUGUGCUCUUAAUAGUAAAACAGUCAGUUACCUACAAGCAUCUUACUGUGAAAGUAGGGAAGUGAUGUUUGGAAUUCACCUUAUCUGAAGUAUUCUGUUUACUUAUUGAUACUGUAUUGUACAGUAUUCUGAUACUCAUUGAAGUCAGUGAUAUAAGGUUGCUAAGUUAUUUUUACUGUAACAAUUUGGAGAUAUGGAAAAAAAUAUGACUAAAAAAGCAUGAGGGUAAAUAAGAAGAAAAAAAAACUUUUAGCCAAAAUCUAUUGUUGCCAAAAAGAAGAAUUUAACCAGUAGUGAAUUAUUUGAAGCUGUGUUAUUUGACGCCCCCUCCUACUGGUGGAGUAGGGCUCUGAAAUAGUUUCUCUGAGGAGUUACUGGGGGCAAAAAGAGGGGCCAAAAGGAGAUUUAAUGUCUGGCAGCACUAGCCUAUGCUUCAGAAACUGGGAACAUGCAGAUAAAUUAAUCUUGUCUCUUGGUAGGUUAUCUUACAUCUAAUAAAAUCCAUUGCUGACUAUAUUACACACCUGAAGGCUGUGCUGCUGUUCAGCGAGACAUGGAUAGUCUGGAGAGCUGGGCAGUAAGAAGCCAAAUGAGGAUCAGCAAAAGCAAGUGUAGAGUAUUGAACGUAGGGAGGAAUGCAUGCGCUGGUACAGGUUGGGGGAUGACCUGCUGGAGAGGAGCUCUGCAGAGAGGGGCCUGGGUGUCCUGGUGGACGACAGGUGGACAGGUGGACGACAUGAGCCAGCAGUGUGCCCUUGUGGCCAAAAAAGCCAGUGAGUGGUGAUCAUCCCCCUCUACUCUGCCCUGGUGAGGCCUCAUCUGGAGUACUGUGUCCAGUUCUGGGCUCCCCAGUACAAAAAAGACAGGGAUCUCUUGGAAAGAGUCCAGUGGAGGGCCACAAAGAUGGUGAAGGGCCUGGAGCAUCUCUCCUAUGAAGAAAGGCUGAGUGAACUGGGUCUGUUCAGCCUUGAGAAGAGAAGACUGAGAGGGGACCUGAUCCAGGUCUAUAAAUAUCUAAGGUGUGGGGGGCUGAAUGGAGAGGCCAGACUGUUUUCAGCAGUGUGUGGUGACAGGACAAGGGGAAACGGCCAGAAACUGCAGCAUAGGAAGUUCCGCACAAAUGUGUGCAAGAACUUCUUUACGGUGAGAUGAUGGAGCACUGGAACAGGCUGCCCAGGGAGGUUGUGGAGUCUCCUUCUCUGGAGAUGUUCAAGACCUGCCUGGAUGCCUACCUGUGCUACCUGGUGUAGGGAACCUGCUUUGGCAGGGGGGUUGGACACGAUGAUCUCUGGAGGUCCCUUCCAACACCUACAAUAUUGUUGUUACCUAAUCUUACUUUAUGUUUCUAUUUGAAAUUCUUCUGUAUUAUGUUGGACCCUCUUUAAAGCAGUUUCUCUUGCACCCAGCUGAAACUACUGACUCCAGUUGUGCCGAUAAAUGAAACAUUUCUAAGGAGUGUGCUUUUUGCACUGAAAUCCAAUCACUUCUACUGCAUUGUUAGUAAGUCCCUAGUAUGAUUUUGACCUGGGAAAGGUAAUGGGUGCCAAGUGAUUCCUUAGUAUUUUAAAAGUAUUUGUUACUGUCCAUUCUGUAAUGUAAAUAUAACUGCUACUUACAAGAUUUCAGUGACCACUUUAUAAGCAUGUAUUAGACAUCACAUUGCAUCCUACCUUAACCUGAUAGAACAUGAUCGCAUGUUUUCUUUGUAAUGUUGGUGCUCUUUAUAUUCCACUGUAUGACUGUGUCUAUAACUGCCUUUACAUCUGUUGUUCCAGUGUCUCUGAGAGAUCCUCCUUAUCAAUCCUCCAUUUUUUGUUACAACUUCCCAACCAGUUACCUACUCUCUAUCCCUUUUCAGUUAUUAGAUACUAUUUUGUGCAAAAUCCUCAUAACAAUUUUUUCCAGAUCUUUUUGCCUUAAUGUGUCGCUUACUUGAAUUCAAGCCAAAAUUUUUAAAAUUGAAUUUGAAAUGUUGUCUGUUGCUGGUUGAUACAGAGCAAGUGAUUUCCAAAUCACUUUCCAAAUUUUCUUCAGCAGUUCUCACCUUCCUAUAUGUUGACCUUUGAGUACCGUUUCAAAGAUGCAGCCUUUUCUUUCCAUUUCUACUUUUGUCCAGAAUUUUGUCCUGUUAUGAUUCAAUUGUUGCAAUAUCCUUCUCUCUGACCUUUGCAAAUUCAAUAUUCCUUUACUCUCAUCUAGGCUGAGUUCUUACUUCAAAGUUAAUUUCCUUCCCUGUCACUUUUCCUGUAUCAUCUUCCUUUAAGUUAAGAAUGUCUUUGAGCUCAAACAGAAGUGAAAGAACGCCCCUGUCAGAUCCAGCUUUGAUCUUGUUCUUGUGAAUACUACAGAUUGAACUUAGUAGUUCACCUGCUAAUUCAAACUUAAGUCAUUUAUCUGUCUAUCUUCCAGCCCCAUCAUAGCCCAAUGUUGCUGCGUUCCUUAAGUCAAAAUGUUAGGUCUUUAGUUUCUACUGACCUGAGACCUAACUCUAAUUUAAAAGUUAUCCCUGUCAUUAGCAGUACUGUGAUUCCUCAGAAUUUUCUAUGGGAUAUUGCUUUUUCUGUAUUGUGUUGUCUGCAUUCUAAAGGAAUGUGAUGGAUCCAACAGAAAAUGUGUCUCAGUUUGUGGUUCCUAACGCCUAUCUAAAAUAUUGCUUAGUAUGCCUUAAUUCUCAAAAUAUGAAGGAGAAGGGGCCGCAGUAAUCACUGUAAGAACUAGAUCUAUUAAACCCUUGUUAACAAUUAAUGUGAAAGUAUAACUGUUGCUAACUGGCUCCUGUAACUAAAUUCAAAUUCCAUCUUUAAAGCUUUGACAGUGAUGCUGUAACAUAUUUAACUCAGAAUGAUCCCUAAUUAAUUUGUUGCUCCUACUCUCUAUUUAUGCAAGAAUCCAAAUCUUGCUCUGAGCAUUCUGAGCACAUCAAAACCAGAAAUAUAGUGCCUCAUCUCAUUCUUGAUAUUGUUGAUCCACUAGUGCACCCUUACUUUAUUGGCCCUUACUUUAUUAAACUCU